CAAACUUCAAAACCGUUAUGUAUAUACAGAGGCUUUUUACAACCCGUACAGCAUGGCAGGGACACUAUAUACAAAGCCCAUCAGAAGUAAAAAAGAACGGAGUUGAACCCCUCAUUAUCCGAAUUAGUAUUAACUUACUUUUAAUAAUGCUCACAUUACAACAUAUACAAACAGAACUUUUUUGACAAGAGCAGGCUUUGUCUAUAACCUGACUUUGUGUGUAUUUUUUAUAGGGCAGGGCAUCUCAACAACCCACACCUCCAAUCUCAUCUCAUUGAUUGGAACAGCUGACUCCAAUUAGCCUUUGUAUUACCUCAGAGGCUCAUACACUUUUUACAACAAUUACAUGUAAUAUUGGAUAAUCUUGCUCAAUAAAGAGUAUCAACCACCAAGACUGCCGGCACUCCAUCUUACAGCAGAUGGUCUAACACUCAGCCACACCAGCAGCCAGGCCCUGCAGUGAGAACAUUCCAGAACAGUAAGGCGAGGGUCACCAUGAGCCCUGGCUUUACUCCACAGUGGAGCAACAAUCAAUCCGCUUGGAACAGUUACGCCUACCCCAGGGCUAAUGUUCACUUUCAGUCCCAUGCCAAUUACAGCUACUGCCCUGGGCACCCUGCCCAAUCCUAUGCACCAGCCCCCCACCCUAUGGCUCCCCCCAGUCCAAGCACAAACAGCAGCAACAACAGUGGUGCUGAACAGCUGAGCAAGACGAAUCUCUACAUCAGAGGCCUGCCUCCCGGCACGACUGACCAGGACCUCAUCAAGCUGUGCCAGCCAUAUGGAAAGAUCGUAUCAACAAAGGCUAUCCUAGACAAAAACACCAACCAAUGCAAAGGCUAUGGUUUCGUAGACUUUGACAGCCCCGCAGCUGCACAGAAGGCAGUGGCGUCACUCAAAGCCAGUGGAGUACAGGCCCAGAUGGCAAAGCAGCAGGAACAGGACCCAACCAACCUGUAUAUCUCAAAUCUUCCCGUAUCCAUGGAUGAACAGGAACUUGAGAACAUGCUAAAACCUUUCGGCCACGUAAUUUCCACAAGGAUAUUAAGGGAUGCGAAUGGAAUAAGCCGAGGCGUGGGAUUUGCCAGAAUGGAGUCCACGGAGAAAUGUGAAGUAGUAAUUCAACAUUUUAAUGGAAAGUAUCUGAAAAUGCCACCAGGUGUACCAGCCCCCGGUGAGCCUUUGCUGUGCAAGUUUGCGGAUGGAGGGCAGAAGAAAAGACAAAAUCAGAGCAAGUACACACAAAAUGGAAGGCCGUGGCCCAGAGAAGGAGAGACUGGGAUGGCUUUAACCUAUGAUCCCACAGCUGCAAUGCAGAAUGGUUUUUAUUCUUCACCAUACAGUAUUGCAACAAAUCGUAUGAUUGCACAGACAUCUAUCACACCUUACAUUGCUGCUUCUCCUGUGUCAACAUAUCAGGUCCAGAGUACAUCAUGGAUGCCUCAUCAACCAUAUGUUAUGCAACCAGCAGGUGCUGUGAUAACGCCCACAAUGGACCACACCAUGUCCAUGCAGCCAGCCAGUAUGAUGGGACCCUUGACCCAGCAGAUGAAUCACCUGUCACUGGGCACAGCAGGAACAUACAUGACUGCUGCCGCGCCUAUGCAAGGGACCUACAUUCCCCAGUACACUCCUGUGCCUCCAGCAGCUGUCCCUGUUGAAGGUGUUGUUGCUGAUACCUCCCCACAGACGGUAGCGCCUUCAUCACAGGAAGCCAGUGGCCAACAGCAACAGAUACCAGUGGAAACAACCAAUGAACAUGCGCCUACCUACUCUUACCAACAAGCUAAACAGUAAACGGGACUGAAAACAGGAAUCAUGAGCUGAAAAUUGCCUUGAACCAGGAAACUUCAGUGAAAAUGAAGGUGGCUUCCAGUUUGCACAGGCGUCAAAUGAAUGCUUUUUAUUUCCUACCUUACCUGACAAAAAAAAGUGUUUUUAUGUGCUGUGCAAAUGGUUCAGUGAUGUAGUCUGACAGUUUAAUUUUGCUAUAAAAUCUUAUUUUUAAAAGAGAAAGAAAAUCCCAUAAGGGGAAUUGUUCUGACUUUUCAUUCAGAUGAACAGGUUAAAAUAUAAAUGAUUUGUAUGUUCAGAUAGACUUAGGAACUGUAAGACUGACAAGUUCGGAAGAGGAAGGAAGAUGCAGUGUUUUAGGAAAGUUUAAUAGUCUUCCUCUGAUAUUAAGCUACUCUUUUUUUCAUGUCUUUUAUUAAUUUGUAGGUUUUUCAGAAAUGUUUAGCUAAGAUUUAUCUUGACUCUUAAUUGCCUUAAUUUUGAAGACGUCAGGCUCUCAAAGCCAGCUGUCAACGUUGCGUUAGGAAUUCUAGAUUGAAAUUAUGUGCUUGGACCAAGUGGUUGGUGCAAGAAUUUGAUAAAAGCUUAACUUUAUAGGGAGGUAAAUGCUAAUAAGCUGUACAGGUUAAAACAAAAAAAAACAAAAAAAUUUGUUGCUUGAAUUCUUUUGCAGAAGAACACAGUUUUAUGGAUAAAGAACAAGGGCGACUGACAAAAUCUAAAAAAAAUUGCUGAGACUUUUAAUGAAUUUUGUCUUAGAGCAGUGGAAACUGACAAUUUGCAGAAGGCAGAAAGCGUUUUGUGAUUUGUAAAAAAAAACUGUAUUAUGCAAAGUACAGUUUUUCGCUUAAAGCAGAUUGUUUUAUUUACGAAGCGUAAUUGCUAGCAACAGAAUUAGUGCUUUAUAUUUGCAAUCUUUUUUAUUAGCUUUAUUUUUUUUUAGUCUGCUUUGCUUGUCACCUUGCAGAUGCAAGCUAAAGAGUGAAAGGUGAGAACUAAAUAAAUGGGAGCUUAUGGUUAAAAAGAAAUCAAAGCAAAAGCAAUAGAUUGAAGAAAUUGUGGACAAUUUCUGUAGUCUUUAAUUUUCAUAGUUGUGGAUCAAAUGCAGCCUAAGUAUGGCCUAUUUUAUACCAAAGAUGAAGUGACACCCUAAAGCAGUCAAGAAGCUAGAGAUUUUUUCUGUUGUUUUUUUAAAUCUUUAUUUGACCUACAUGGCCGGACCAGUUCUUACUUUAUUUUCUUUAAACUUUUCUUCCACUGGUUAUUCUCUAUAACACUCACACACACGCAUACAUACACACACACAAACACACACACACAUACACAUGCACACACACACACAGAAAGAAUGUUUAUCUAAAAAUAUUGGUGGUGCACUAGUAUUGUGGGGUUGGGGAGGUGGGGGUAUUCAUGUACAUCUAAAGAAGGAUUAAUUCUGUAAAAUAACCAAUUUUUUCUGUCCUAACUUUGGCCUUAACACCUGUUUGUAAAUGUGCAUAUUAUGUGUUACUUUUGCAAAGUUCCAUUACUUUUUUCGGUCUUCCUUCAUACUUUAUGCAUCUGGAUAGCCCAUUGAUCUACCUCAGUCUAUGCCAUCUCCGAUUGUGCUGAGCAGCUGUUAUCCAGCCAUUUUGCAAAGCUUCAGUUUCCCCCAUGCUACCUGCCAACCUUUUUAACGUGCCCAGUGUUUCUUGUGUGCAGAUUGCCUCGACGGGGCGGUGAUGAAGGUGCACAUCAGGUCUUUAGCAGCCUCUUAAAAACAAAAGCCUCUGUAUACUCGGGCUUGGGUUACUUAACCAUGCAGGCAACUGUAGCAGACAGAACAGUCACUGCCCCGGUGGCUUGUCAAUUUUAUACUUAACAAAACCUGAUAUUAAAAAGUUCAAUACCUUUUUUAAACACAAGAGAUUCUGACAAAUGCUGGAAAUCCAGACCAACAUAUGCAAAAUGCUGGAGGAACUCAGCAGAUCAGGCAGCAUCUACGGGAAUAGAUAAACCAAGACUCUUCAUUAGGACCUGAUGAGGUUGUUCCUCUCCAUAGAUGCUGCCUGACCUGCUAAGUUCCUCCGGCAUUUCGCAUGUGUUGCUCAAUAUGUUUUUUGUAAGUUAAAGGUAUGACUUUAUGGUAUUGAUGGUACGUUUACCGUCAAAUCACAGCAGAUAAUAGAUUCCAUUUUUUUGGAUCUUAAUAAGAAAUUAUUGUAAUUUUAAUGGUGGAAAAAUAUCACUAUCUUUGAUAUUUAUAUGGUAUCACAUGGUACCAAAUGGAAAUAUGAUGUGCAGAUUAUGAUUCUUCCCAUUCCAUAAAGGUAAAUAUCACUGUGGCAGUAUGCUACUGCUGUUGUUAAGCAGUUCGAUAGAAACUUCAUUUAUUCAUAGAAGCAUCCCCUGCAGAAUUUUAUGAUAAAGAGAGCGGACAUUUUGGGAUUAAGAGUGGUUCUGAUUAUUAACAUUCUGGAUGUGGUAAUUAAUUAAGAUAACUGCUCUUUCCCUCCUGAUUUUGAGGAAGAAAUUGCUGACAAUCAGGUUUUUGAAGUGAAGAAGAAAAAUCAGGAGGAAAAGGACUGAUGGGCUUGGGCAAUAUGAUUAAUGUGCAGGAAACAGGCUUCAGGACAGAUUUUGUCAAUAAACAGAACCAAAGAAAGAAGUGUUGCUGUAGUGACCAACAAGUAAUUCGCCUCUCUCUGAAGAAACAAAAUCUGUGCCUGUCUCAAAUGAUAUCAAAUGGAUGGGAUGUAAAUCAUAUAAUAUUACAUUCUAAACCUUAAUUCAGUCCUUUCAGAAUGUGAUUUCUCAAGAUUUUUGUAGCUUGUUUAUAGUGUCCAAAUUAAUCUUCUUUGCACAAUUUGAGUCUUCAUCAUUAAAACCUAACUAAAUUAAUAUCUUAGACCAUAUGAUAUAGGGGCAGAAUUAGGCAGUUCAGCCCUUUGAGUCCAUCAUGGCCAAUAUUUUAUCCCUCUCAACCUCAUUCUCCUGCCUUCACCCCUUACUUAACAAGAACCUAUCAACCUCUGCUUUCAAUAUACCAAUAUAAUUUACAUACUUCCUGCAGGACAAAUGAAAUGCAUGGAGAGCAAAAGAGUGUAUCUGCUCGAAUAAUCUAAAAUAUUUUCCAACAUAAAUGAGUGUAAUUGGACUUUGUUUUAAUGAUUUUCUGACACCAGUUUGGUGUGAAUAAUUUUAAGGUAACUAUUUGAUCAUUAUUGUUAAUUACAGCUGAUAUAAUCUUAGAACAUAAGACAUAAGAGCAAAAUCUGGCUAAUCAGCCCAUUGAAACUGCUCCACUAUUCAAUCAUGGCUGAUUUAUUGCCCCUCUAAACCGCAUUCUCUUCAAUGAUUCUCAAUGCAUCUAAAUGGAACAAGCUCUGGCUUUUCAUCUAUUCCCUAGAUUUUCCCCAUUCAUUUAUCAGAUGUCAGCAUCCAUUACAAAGCCAGUAUUUAGAGGCCAUAAGACAUAGGAACAGAAUUAUGCCCUUCGGUCAUCGAGUCUUCUCCAACAAUCCAUCAUGGCUGGUUUAUUAUUCCCUCUCAACCCCCAUUCACCUGGCUUCUCCUCAUAACCUUUGACAACGUUAUUAUUCAAGAACCGAUCAACCUCUGCUUUAAAUAUACCCAGUGACUUGGCCUCCACAAGCAUCUGUGGCAAUAAAUUCCACAGAUUCACCACCAUCUGGCUAAAGAAAUUCCUCCUCAUCUCUAUACUAAAGGGACAUCCUUGUACUCUGAGGCUGUGCCCUCUGGUCCUAGACUGCCCCACUUUAGGAAGCAUCCUCUCCACGUCCAUUCUAUCUAGACAUUUCAAUAUUCAAAGCUCCCAUCCAAGUUGUCUUUUCAUUAAGAACAGAAGUGCCCAGUGAUGGUUAGUGAACAAUCAUGUUUGACUGAUUCAAACAUAAUUUGGGCAAAUUCACUCCCCAAAUUAUCUUUAAAGAUGCCCCUCCAAUGUUGAUUAGAAAAUUAACAAAGUAUAAAUUAGCUAAAAUCAUCUUAAUCUUUCCUUAAGUGAGUUCAAUGGAGUUCAUCAGUGGAAAGAUAAGUUGUUUUCUUUCUGAAUUAACGGGAUAUUCAUCAUUUCCCAAUCCCUUCCCUCUGUUUCUAACAUUGCCACUCCAUUCACAUACACGCCAGAGACAAUUUGCAGUGACCACUUACCUAUAGACUCAUGAGUGGUUGGUAUGUGGGAAGAACUUUCAACAUUCAGGAGAAGUUUGGAUAGGUACAGUACUGUGCAGAAGUCUUAGACAUAUAUGUAGCUAGGGUUCCCAAGACUUUUGCACAGUACUGUAUAUUGGUUAAAAUAGGUAGGUGGUUGGGAAAUGGAAAUAAGAGUACUCAGCUUUGUAUUAGCUCAGUAGUAUUUAGUGUUAUUUGGUAACUGGAAAGAUAUAAUAUACAGCAUUGUGCAGAAGUCUGGGCACCCUAGCUAUUUUAUAUGUGCCUAACACUCCUGCACAAUACUGUACGUGGAUGGGAGGGGUAUAGAGAGCUAUGGUCCAGAUGUGGGUCGAUGGGACUUGGCAGAAUAACUAGAUGGGCUGAGGGAGCUGCUUCUGUGCUGUAGUGCUCUAUGAUUCUGUGAAAUAGAAUUGGGGUGGCGGGGGUCUGUGGGUGGAGGCAGAAUUUAUCGUACUGGCUUCAAGGCACGUGGGCAGAGUAGCUGGCAUAUGUGUUCUCGUGCAUUUCUGUUCGGUGUAACCACUCCCCUCCCAAGAGCCACUACUGGCUCCGAUUAAUCCACAGUAUAUCACUGGGCUGCCUGAGUUAAAUUUGCUGUGAGCAUUUAAACCCAGAAGCAGAUUGAAAUUAAUGCACCAUCUAUUACUUUAAACAAGAUAAUGAAAGGGGCCGUAAUUUUGUUCUUAUUAAAAUCAGCAAAACAGACGUUAGGCCAUUUGUCCAGCUUGUCUAUGCUAUCCAGUUAAUCCCAGUCUACUCCUUCCUUCCCCUGUAGCAAAGCUAAUUUCUUUCCCAUAAUCCUGCAGUCCUUCUGGUUAUAGUUUGUAUUCAACCUGAUUCCACCACCAUUCAGACAAUGUGCUUUAACUACUCAUUAUAUUGAAUUCUUCUGGUAGUCCCAUAUAAUGUUUUCCCCUAAUGGAAAAUGGAUGAUGCUUCCUUCUCCCAUUUUUUGAUUACCAGGUUUUAUGACAAGCUAUAGACACAAGGUAUUCUGCAGUUGCGGAAAACCCAAAGCAGCUCCCACAAAGUGUUGGAAGAACUCAGCAGGUCAGACAGCAUCUAUGGAAAUGAACAAACAGUUGACAUUUCAAACCAGUACCUGAUGAAGGGUCUUGGCCCAAAAUGUAGGUCUAUCAUUUCCACACAUGCUGCCCAGCCUGCUGCGUUCCUCCAGCAUUUCAUGUGUGUUGCUUUAUGGCAGGCUAAGUUUACCAGAACUGCACACAUCUAGUCUAGUUUUCUACCUGCUCAAGUUCUUGUAGGUUUCUAAACAAAUGUUACUUUGCAGGUGAGAGGGUAGCUGAUGAAUUUUUGACAAUUGAUUCUUUCUUGAUUAUGCAAUGGUAGUCUUGGACCGUUAUCACUCAAGCAGUCACGAAUAUAAUGGUAGCCCAAUGAGACAAAUUGAGUGCAAUAUUUAACUUAUCAUUUUACUCUUUCGCCCCUACUGAGCUGAUAUGAGGACUAGAGUAAUGUAUCAUUUUCCGGCUGGGAAAUUGAGUUUAAAGUAAACUGAAUGAAAUGUGCUGGAAUGCAUCUUUGUUAAACAGUCAGUCCUUGCAAUCGUUUUAACUGAAGGUCCAUAAUAAAUAUGACUCCUCAGAUUUAACUUGUCUAAAUUGUAUGUUUUGGGGUGAAGGAGUUGCACCUUUUGAUGUCAAAGAUACAUAAUUAAUGUAUCACUUCUUCAUCUGGGCGCCAUGGUAGCCUAGCGAUCAGCGCGAUGCUGUUACAGCUCGGAGCAAGUUCAAUUCCAGCGCAGUCUGUAGGAAGUUUGUACGUUCUUCCCGUGAGCGCACUAGUUUCCUCUAGGUGCUCUGGUUUCCUCCUGCAUUCCAAAGACGUACCGGUUAGUAGGUUAAUUGGUCAUUAUAAAUUGUCCUUCAAUUAGACUAGGGUUAAGCAGGUGGGUUGCCAGGUGGUGCAGCUCGUAGGGCUGGGAGGGCCUGUUUCAUGCUGUAUCUCUAAAUAAAAUAAAUACACUGAUAGUACCCAUGAAGCUAAGUCACUGCUUGGCGAACAGCCUAUAGAAACUGUAGAUAAUAAUACAGUAUCAGAAAUUCCAUUUUUCUAAACAAAUCGGCUUUGGCGGACCAGGGAGGUACGUUAGUUUGAAUUUCCAAAUAUGGACAUUUGAUGAAUUACAGCGCUGCUAACCAAUCAAAUUUUAUUUUGAAGUGUGUACGUUUAUGCGUUUAUGUGAGAGAGAGAGAGAGAGUGAGUGAGAGAGAGAGAGAGGGAGAGAGAGAAGAGAGCAAGAGAGAGAGAGACAGAGAGACAGAGAGACACGAUUGCCUCUGAGGCUCCUCAAAGCACUUAUCCCAAAAUUUAUAUCUAAUUAGUGUAGAGAUAUUAGUAUUGUUAUUGGUAUCCUUGUUUUUCAUCAAUGUAAAGAGAAAACAGAUCACAAAGAGGAAUGCUAAUCCAUCAUUGUAUUGCAUCAAACAAUUUGCACACAAGACAUGCACAUCAAAUUAGCUUUAAGAUCUUUUUGUUUGCUCUGGCAGUUUCUAUUCAGUGUUAAUAUCAUUGGAUCAUUGUCUGCUAGUAAUCCUCCAGUCACAGUGUCAAUGUUACAUCCACAGAAAGUUUUAGCAUUUUCUGAAGGGAAACACCCAUCCAAGUUGCCUUUUUGUUAAUAUCCGAAGUGCCCAGUGAUGGUUAGUUUUCAAACCACCGAGAAUCGUGUUUGACUGAUUCCAAAAAUUGCACGAGCGUGGGUGGUCUUGAUACUUGGCUCGCACACCCUUAAGACAGACAUCUGAGAUUCUGCCAAGAUUCAGGGUUUAGAACUUUGAAGCAUUUCCAUACUGACUUGGCAUAUUUGAUUGACCAGAAGACUCACACUUCUUUAACAAAGGAUGUAUUAAAUAACUGGAAUGUGAAAAUUUCAGUUCCUAUUGUGGGUGUAAUAUCAACACUGACUGUUAAGCUGUGGCAUGCUGAGUGGAGAAGGUCCUUGUCUGAGAUCCAUCAGGAAGGUACAUUGACAUCCCAGUUGAUAACCUUGUCAAAUUAGUACAUGCAGAUAAUGAGACUGCUCUGUGUAUCAAUUCAGAUCUAUGCUGCUUCAUUCAGACAUAAAUGUUUUCAUCAUUUAUAACCUCACAGGGAAAAAAAUGUCUUCUAUCUUUUCAAAUUCUGGCAGGCAGAGGUCAGAUCAAAAUACAUAUUUAACCUUCUAAGUUCUUUGAUUUUUUUUGGAAAAGAGAUUACUUUUCCACGUUGGUUUUUGCUUGUUCUUGCUACAAAAAGUUUGAUAUUUGGAUGAUAAAUAAUUGACUCAACAGCAAAAAUGCAACAUCAAUUCUUUGAAAAAAAACUUAGCAGAGAUGAAGCUAAGUUUAUUGUCCUAAAUUGAAUUAGGAACUAAUCGAGAAUAGUUUGCUAGGUAAAUAAAGUCUCUGCCAGGACAAUCGAUAAAUCAAAGUGAAAAUGCACUUCCUUUGGAAGAAAGCUGUGGUAAUGUUCAUUUUGAAGGCACCAACUCAUUUUGUGAUGAUCCCACAAUCUAUGGACAUUUAGUCAAGAAAACAAAACCUGCUGGUAAUAAAGCUCCUCACAUCCAAAUAGUGUGUUUUAAUGUUGUUCAUUAUCAUGCAGGAAGAACUACAGAACUUGGAGGGUUAAAUGCCAUUCCCUUCUGUCUGAUAUUAAUUUUUAUUUUAAUUUCUUUCAAACCUGCACAGGGAAAACUCUGUAACCUGGUCCAAAAACCAGGUUUAUUUCACCAGGCAUUAAAUUAUGAAACUUUUCUUUUAAUUUAUGAAGACCUUUUUUUGUACAGAUUUUUUUUCAUUUUAAAAGAAACUCAUAGAGAUGUCUAUAAGAUCAAGAAAGUUAAUUUUUUUAAACUUGUGUUUCAUUUGUGCCACAGACGUGCUGGGCAUCACUUUGUCUAGCAGUUCUUUCAUUAUCUGUUUGCUCCUGGAAAUUUAUGUAGAUCAGUGGAUGUUAGGUUUAAAAUUCUGUUUUCUUUGAAGAAGCUUUCAAUA